AAAGGAAUACACAUAUCCUCAUUGCCAAGCAAACCUUUUUUUUCUUUUCGGGGGGGUUUGGUUUGAUGAAACCACAAAGCAGUGUGUUGUAUUGUGGCAACCAUGUGCAAAAAGUUAUCUGCAAAGCAAUUAAACUCUUGCCAAUCUAAUCCUUUACUUUUUCUUCAUCUUCCAUUAUUUCCUUUGAGAUUUAAGUAUCCCGUGUCCAGCUCUAAAGGGUUUCUUUACCUCUUUCUCUCUCAUUGCAUGACUUUCAGCACCACAAAGACUUAAAGAAGCUGUUUUUCUGUAGAUUUCCCUUCUGGGUUUUCUCUGUUUUGUUGAAUGUUAUGGGCAUUAAAGGAGAAUUGGUUAGGAAUGUGUUCUUGAGGAAUCGUUCUUUCAAGACCCAUGAGAAAAAUACAAGGAAACAUAGUACCGUGGAAAGGAAAAAAUGGCACUCUGUUAGAUCUUACCUGUGUGGGGAUGAGUACAAUUCAGUUCUUGUUGAGGAAGACGCAGCUUCCAUUAGAAGCUCUGAAGCAACUGUGACACAGCCUGUUGACGAGCUAGAGGUGUCAAGACAGAAACAAGAACCUGGAGUGGAGGAAUCGGAACUAAGCUCUCAAUUGUUAAAGCGCCAAGAACAAGCAGCAUUCAUCAUCCAGUCAGCAUUUAGAAGCUUUCUGGCUCGGCGUAGAGAUAAGCAGAUCAAGAGGAUGGAUAAUGAUUGCAAGGGCAUCAUUGAAGGAAUAGAAAGUCCAAGUAGAGAAUCUCUAAGCACGUCCAUUGAAGUUCAGACUGGGAAUUCCGAAGCUUUCUCCGUUCAAGAUGAAAGAAUUGUUCUUUCCAACCGAGUACAACAGAAAUCCAAAACCCAAUUACAUAGGCUGAAGGAAGAAUGGGAUGAUAGUACAGUGAGUAGCAAUGUAACAAAAAUGAGGAUCCAAAACAGGCUAGAAGCAUCAACAAGGCGUGAAAGAGCUCUAGCUUAUGCUUUCUCACAACAGUUAAGAAUUUGCUCGAAGAGAAAGCACUCGAAAUCCGACGUCAUAGAAGCGAACAUGAGCUGGAGCUGGCUAGAGCGGUGGAUGGCCACCCGCCUUCCUGAAGGCUCCUCGGUUGAAACUCACACGAGGAAGCCAUCGGAAGUGAUUGACAACAAUCACAGAUUGAUGUUAAGCCAAAGACUCUUUGAUAUAAGUGCAGAAGAAAAGGAAAGCUGCGGAUCUAAUGAAGUAUCUGUAAGAUCUGUUAACUUCUCUGCUGAUGCAUUGAAGAGUACAGAUAGCAACUUGGCUAAGAACAGAUUAAAAGGUUCAAGUGAUAUAUCAAGGAGGAAGACUGUACCGAGCCUCCACUUUGAUGGAGAUUUUACAAAGGUGAGCAAACGGGAUUGGGUAACACCAGCAGAGAGUGAAAGAGAUAAAAAGAGCAGACAAAAGCAAGCUGGGGGCAGAGGAGAAAUCAAAUGUAACGAUACAUAUAUUGACAGUUCUCCAAGUUCCUCUCCACUUGAAUCCAGAAUCGGUGUGUAAUUUAGAAAUUGAAACCUUCUAAUCCAUCAUCUUUGAUGUUAUUUAUGUUAUAAGGCAACCCCAUGUAUAUUAAGGAUAAGAACUCUCAUGAACAGUUAGUAACCACUUAAAGAAUUUAAGAUGGAUGAAUAGUGCAAAGUAUUUCCUUAAAUAAAAUGAAGAAACCCUUAUACAA